GGCAGUUUAGAAAGCAAAGACUUGUGCCAGACUCUAUCGAAGGCUUUCGAUAUGUCUAGCGCAACAGAGAAAGUUUCACCGAAACGGCUAAGAGAGGAUGACCAAGAGUCAGUUAAGAGAGCAAGAAGAUCGCCAGUAGAACGCCCUUUGCGGAACCCAUACUGGCGAUCAGAUAGAAGGUUAGAAGUGGAAAGGUGCUUUUGAAUCUUCCGGUUAAGGAUUGAUUCAAAAGCUUUAGAUAGACAGGAAAGUAAAGCUAUAGGGCGGUAGUUUGAAGGAUUGGAAUGGUCACCCUUCUUAGACACAGGCUGUACAAAGGCAUACUUCCAGCAGGAAGGAAAGGUAAAUGUUGAUAGGCAGAGACGAAAGAGUUUGACCAGGCAGGGUGUCAGCACGGAAGCACAGUUUUUAAGGACAAUAGGAGGCACUCCAUCAGGUCCAUAAGCCUUCUGAGAGUUGAGGCCAGAGAGGGCAUAGAAAACAUCAUUUGGAAGAAUCUUAAUAACAGGCAUAAAGGAGUCAGAGGGUGGAUGAGUAGGAGGAAUAUGCCCAGAAUCGUCCAGGGUGGAGUUCUUACAGAAAGUUUGAGCGAAGAUUUCAGCCUUAGAGACAGAUGAGACGGCAGUGCUGCCGUCAGGGUUAAGGAGAGGAGGGAAAGAGGAAGAAGUGAAAUUGGAGGAGAUAUUUUUGGCUAGAUGCCAGAAGUCACGGGAAGAAUUAGAAGAAGCAAGGUGUUGACAUUUUCUAUUGAUAAAAGAAGUUUUGGUAAGUCGGAGAAUAGAUUUGGCACGAUUCCGGGCUGAAAUGUAAGGUCAUAGAUAGCGGGUGUUCGAAGGCUCUGGAACCUUUUGUGAGCUGCCUCUCUAUCUUUAAUAGCACGAGAACAAGCAUGAUUAAACCAAGUUUUUUUAGCAUGAGGAGUAGAGAAAGUACGUGGAAUGUAUGCCUCCAUUCCAGAGACAAUCACCUCUGUGAUGCGCUGAGCACACACAAAGGGGUCUCUCUCCUGGAAGCAGUAAUCAUUCCACGGGAAAUCGGAAAAGUACAUCCUCAGGUCGUCCCACCGAGCUGAAGCAAGAUGCCAGAAGCAUCGCCUCUUUGGUGGGUCCAGAGGAUAUACAGGAGCGAUAGGACAGGAUACAGAAAUAAGGUUAUGAUCGGAGGAGCCCAACGGAGAGAACAGUUUGACAGAGUAAGCAGAAGGAUUAGAGGUAAGGAAGAGGUCUAGAAUGUUGGGCCUGUUUCCAAGACGGUCGGGAAUACGAGUAGGGUGCUGAACCAACUGCUCUAGAUCGUUGAGGUGAGCAAAGUUGUAGGCUUGUUCACCAGGCUGGUCAGUGUAAGAGGAUGAAAGCCAAAGCUGGUGGUGAACAUUGAAAUCUCCCAAGAUGGAGAUUUCAGCAAAGGGAGAGUGAGUCAAGAUGUGCUCCACUUUAGAAGUCAAAUAGUCAAAGAAUUUUACAUAGUUAGUAGAGUUAGGUGAGAGAUAAACAGCACAGAUGUAUUUAGUAAUAGAAUGACAAUGAAGUCUUAGCCAGAUGGUGGAAAAUUCAGAAGAGUCAAGGUCGUGGGCACGAGAGCAAGUGAUGUCGUUGCGCACGUAGGCGCAACAUCCAGCUUUGGAUUGAAAUUUAGGAUAGAGAUAGUAGGAGGGAACAGAGUAGAGGUUGCUGUCAGUAGUCUCAGAAACCUGUGUUUCGGUGAGGAAGAGAAGAUGAGGUUUAGAGGAGGAGAGAUGGUUUGCAAUGUUUGUUUAUUCUUUGGAACAGAUCAAUUUUUCAUAUGCCUCGAAGAGUGGAGUAACCACCAGGAUACAUAGUGGCAGCGGUGGUUUUAAUUUUUGUGAGAGAUAUUCGCACGAAGAUGUAGGAAAUUGGAUAGCACAAAGAAAUUGAUUGACAUGGGAGAACGGAAGCCAUGUGGUAGCCCCGAGAUGCGGGAAAAGACUUUCCGCUGUCUCGUCUCAGGGGCCCGGGUUUGCAUCCCUGGUGAAAUGUUAGAAAAAAGAUUUACUGAUUUCGGAGAGAUCAGUUUCCCAUGUGCUUCGAAAAGUGGAGUAACUCCCACGUCACUAAAACAUAUCUAAACUGUUAAUUCCCUAGUCUUCCCUUUAUUCUCUUUCUGUUUCCUUCCUCUCCGUCAGUUCCGGACCUCGUUAUGCUGCUUUUGUCGCUGAACGGCAAGAUGACCAUCACAGCCUGUUACCACCUAACGUGGGUGUACACGCUGGAGCUGUUCUCCACUGCCAACAGGGCCCGUGUGGUGGGCGACGCCAGCGUCCUGACCAGGGUGGCCACCGUGUCCGUGCCCUACAUCAACGACCUGCUGGGUGAAGUGGUGCCCUGGGCACCCGGGGCCCUGUGCAGCCUGGCUACCCUUGUCGGUGCGGGACUGGUGUUUUUGCUCCCGGAGACCACUAACAGGAAGAUCACGCAGCGAGACGACUGCCGCCACGUCCACGAAGACGAUUACACCCUCCAUGAGGCACUUAGCAGCAAGGCGGUGGCUUAAAACAUUGAGACGCUGACGGAUUCCAUUGAAUACUGCUUGAAAGAGAAGUGGAUGUUGACUGCAACCAUUUCAGUAACUUUUAUUGAGUAUUGCACCACACGUGAUUGCAUAAGCACAGUAUUAAUAAAUAUCCGUGAGCUGGUUUGAUUUACUUAGCAUUAUUAAGGGACAUAAUUUAGAAUAUGUUGUGGAUCUAUUCCACAUUAUCAAUAUCGAAGAUGUCAAGCUGAUACUCGCCUUUGCAUAGUUGGAAGGGCCCACAAACUGUUGAAACGAACCUUAAUGUAAAAGACUAUAUGCUCUCAACAGCAGAUCUCCACACACGUAAUUCUUCCAUUGCAGUACACCUCAUAUACUUUUCUCACUCCGGCACCCACUAUUGGCACCCAUAUUAUUUUGAGGUAUGAACAUGCAUUCAUGUACUAAUAAAAUCCUUUUUCCCGCGGGACCACACUUCAGUACCUUAAACAGGGCUCGUGUUAUGGGCGACGCCAGCGUCCUGACCAGGGUGGCCACCGUGUCCGUGCACUAGGGAUGGGCAAGUACCGUUAAUUUGAGUACCGGUAGUACCGGUACCGAAAACUCAAGUACCGUUAGUACCGGUACCGGUACCGGUACCCGAAGGAGUUUUUUUUUUUCUUAAUGACUUCUGAUGAAAUUCCCAAAUAAAUUUCCUGUAAAGAAAACUCUCUCUCUCUCCUUCAACUUAAUAUCAACUAGAGUAGAAAUGCAACGUUUAGGAGCCUUCUGAUUAAUGUAAAAUCACUUAGGUUUAAGGACAGACCACCUAGUCUGGACCAUGGGGUCUGUGUAGUCUGAUUUUCUAUGUAAAUCUAUGUAAAUCUCUCUCUCUCUCUCUCUC